AUGGAAAUUUUCAUUUUUCUCCAUAGCACUCAAAAAAACAAGACAUCUGAGGUUACCUUUAUCCUUGUGGGCUUCUCAGAAUAUCCAGAUCUCCAGGUACCACUGUUCCUCCUCUUCCUGACAAUAUACACAGUCACUGUGCUGGGGAACCUGGGCAUGAUUGCCAUCAUCAGGCUCAGCCCCAAGCUCCACACCCCCAUGUACUUUUUUCUUAGUCACCUGUCCUUUGUGGAUUUCUGUUACUCCACUGUCGUGACUCCCAAACUCUUAGAAAACUUGAUUGUGGAAGACAGAAGGAUUUCCUUCACAGGCUGUGUCAUGCAAUUCUUCUUUGCAUGCAUAUUUGUAGUAACAGAAACAUUCAUGUUGGCAGUGAUGGCCUAUGACAGGUUUGUGGCAGUGUGCAACCCUCUGCUCUACACAGUGGCUAUGUCUCCGAAGCUCUGUUGGUCACUAGUUGCUGCAUCAUACUCAUGGGGUAUAACCUGUUCUUUUGUAUUCAUACACUUUAUGUUAACCUUGUUGUUCUGUGGGACCAAGUUCAUAAAUAACUUUGUGUGUGAGCAUGAUGCCAUUGUUGCUGUAUCCUGCUCUGACCCCUACAUUAGUCAGAAGGUCAUUUUCAUCUUUGCCACUUUCAAUGAACUAAGCAGUCUGAUGAUCAUUCUUACCUCUUAUGUUUUCAUUGUCACAACUGUCAUGAAAAUGCCUGCUUCUGGAGGACGCUACAAAGUCUUCUCUACCUGUGCCUCCCAUCUCACAACCAUCACCAUUUUCCAUAGCAUUAUCAUCUGUCUUUACUGUGUUCCCACUACCAAAAGCUCUUGGCUUCUGGUCAAAGUGGCCUCAGUCUUCUACACAGUCAUCAUUCCCAUGCUGAACCCACUGAUAUACAGCCUCAGGAACAAGGAUGUGAAAGAUGCAGUUAGGAAGCUAAUAAGCUCCCAUUCAUCACCAUAA